UCCAUGGGAAUUUCUUGUACGUAGUUGAUUUCCCCCAGAUAUUGACUAUUAUUAUACCUCAUUGAUUGGAUUCAGUAUUUGGUUCAUGCUGUUUCCUCGAAUCUUCAGACCUAAUUUGGUUAUACCUCGGUAUUCAAAGUUCUACUAUUGUUCGGGAAAAAGAAUGCCUCUCUCCAAGCUGCAGGGCGUGAAGCUCCCCGCUUCCGCGGACUUUCAUGUGCAUCUUCGCGAUGGUGAUAUGAUGGAGCUUGUUACUCCUACUAUUAGACAGGGUGGUGUCAACACCGUUUUUGUUAUGCCGAACUUGGUCCCUCCCGUGACCACCGUUGACCGCGCGCUUGAGUACAAGCAGCGUCUGCAGGCCAUUGAGCCCAAUGUGAACUAUCUCAUGUCUCUGUAUCUCCAUGAGACUAUCACCCCGGAGACCAUCAUCGAUGCCAAGAAGCGCGGCAUCACUGGCGUCAAGAGUUACCCGGCCGGUGUCACUACUAACUCCUCCUCGGGCGUCAUCGACUACACUCAGUUCUACCCUGUCUUCGCUGAGAUGGAGCGUCAGGAUAUGAUCCUCAACCUGCACGGUGAAGUCCCAUCCAAGGGUGAUGUGACCGUUUUGACAGCAGAGGAGCGCUUCCUGCCAACCUUGCUCCAGCUGCACGAGCAAUUUCCCAAGCUGAGGAUCAUUCUCGAGCACUGCACCACCGCCGCUGCGGUUGAGGCUGUCAAGAAGUGUGGCCCUACUGUUGCCGGAACAACCAUCACUAACAGCUGUCACCUGUCGAUCAUCAUCGACUCCUGGGCUGGAGAUCCGUUCUGCUUCUGCAAGCCGGUCGCCAAGACGCCCGCGGAUCGUGAUGCCCUUUUGCGCGCAGCAGCCUCCGGUAACCCCAAGUUCUUCUUCGGAUCCGACAGCGCACCUCACCCGGCCGUGUCCAAGAGAGGAGGCGAUAAGAUCGCAGCCGGUGUGUUCACUCAGCCCCACACCACCCAGCUUGUCAUCGACGCGUUCGAGCAAGCUUGCCAGAAUGGCGUCUUGAAGGAGGAAGACAUCACCCCCGAGAUUAUUGAGGGUUUCAUGAGCAAGUUUGGUCGCAAUUUCUAUGGCAUUGGCGAAGAGCAGAAAGAGUUCAUCGUCAUCGAUAAGAAGGAUGAGAAGAUCCCGAACAUCUUGAAGUCGGACAAGGUGGAUGUUGUUCCAUUCAGACGGGACCAGCAGACAUGGAGCGUGUCGUGGUCUGCAUGAAUUCGGUUGACUGAGUGAAAAUAGAUUUCCUUGAUGGAACUGGGACAAA